AUGAAGAAUAAACGUCGCCUUUAUAUUGUCAUCCGCAAGGAAACUAUAGAGGAAAAGUACAGCCUAUCAAACCCAUAUCGUUGGAUGAUUCUCAUAUGUGACAAGAACGAAGAAGGCGAAAACCAAGUCCCCGGUAUCCGAUUUACCACCACAUUAGGAAACGCGGUCGUGUGGGAGCAUGUGAGGGAGAACGAUGAUUUCAUAGCUCGAUUCAUGAUCGGGAAAAUCCGGGACGAGGACCUUGUGAUAAACGCCAUUAGAGAAGUGCAGACACCUCUCGGCAUCAAUUAUACCUCUCAAAACUGGAUACAGGCUGUUUUAGACAAUCUGAAAAGCCUACGCGGGGACAAAAUGGCGCUGCCCACCAACACGAAGCUGGAGUGGGAAGACCUCACUGCCCAAAUUCACGACUAUCUUCAGAACAAAAUUCAAACCGGCGUAUUGCAGAUGAUCAAGGAUGGUGCCAAGGAAGAGUAUGAGUUUUGGGAAGAGCACCAUUGGCCAGAGGGCAAGCCAAGGCUAACAAUGGACUUGUUGGAGGACAGAGAGAUACAUGAUGGAAAAUAG